AUGUCCGCCGAAGAUCCAGCGAUUUGGGAGUCGAUUUUGGCCCUUGACAUCUGGGCCAUCAUAGUCUGGGUCUACGGUCACCUUCCAUUCGAAAUCAAAUCUUACAUAUGGUAGGCUGAGCGCAGUAAAUUUAAGGGGGCGGGACAAUGAAAAAAUAAAUAAAUUUGUGAAGUGUGAAUAUAUUGUAUGGUGAUAAUUUCAGGAUGGUCAUCCUGACCCUCAUCUUCGUCGUCCUCAUGACCACGUGCUGCGGAGUGCUCUGUUUCUUCGCUCCGUGCUGCUGCUGCGCGAUCAUGUAUAAAGGAUACCGUGCUCGACAGGCCGGUCGAAGAUCUCGAAACGAUCGCGACAACAUCGCCUACCCAUCCGCUCCCCCUCUUCUGGCAAAGGUCUGA